AUUUCUCACAAUAGCCCUGUCCUCUCUCUAACCUCUAUAAUUCGUACUAGUUACAUAAAAAUAGUAAAUGAAAGUGCAGUCAAAAAACUUUGUGAUCAUGAAUAUUAUAAUAAUUCUCAAGAAAAUUUUAGCGAGUACACAAUAUUCCGGGAAUUGCAUGCAAGGGAAUGUAAACUGACUGAUUAGAGAUAUUAUAAUAUAUCUGCUUCAUUUUGCACUGAUUGGUAAAGAAUACCUUACCAAGGACUCGUAGGCCAGCGUACACCCACGGGAUGUAACACUAUAAGACAAUCAACAUUGUGUCAAAAAUUAAUUUAACAAAUUGUGGACACUUUGUGUGUUACAGUUUUUAUAAAUGAUCAUUUCUAUAUCAUCCGCAAAAACGAAGUCAGGAAGCUCUCACAGAGAUCUUGUAGAAAUGUCAAGAUGGAUAUACCAACUGACGUUCUGAUGUGUCGCCUUUGUGGUAUUAAGCUCACAGAGGAGGACUCGAAGUACAUUUUUGACAAGACGACUAACUUGGCACAGAAAAUCAUUGAUACAUUACCGAUUAGUGUGUCGCAAGAUGAUGGUCAUUCCAAACACAUAUGCUCCUAUUGUCACAAGAGAAUUACCAGACAUUACGAGUUCAUUCAAAAUGUUCUGGAAUACUCAAAGAAAAAAAGUGCAAGUGCAACGAAGACCAGCUCGUUGUUGGAAGCCAGCAGAAGUGAAAAAAUGGAAACCAUCUCCAAAUCUCUGUACAGUGACAUGAUCUGCCUGUGUCCGAAUUGCAACGUAGAUUUAAUGAUCCUAAUAAGGAACAACCCUGAGGAUUAUGCAUUUCAAAUUUCACUGGCUGUUGUAGAUCAAACGGGGAGAUCGGUGACGGAAAGAAAUAUCCAAAGUUCCGAGGAUACAGUAGAAUCCAAUAAUGUGUGCGCGAAAAAGUCACGCACGAAUGAUGAGUUGCAUGGAUCAUCGCGCGAGUUUGUAAAUAAUAAUGAAAGAAGCAUCAGCGAAACGUGCGGAAGCUCGCCGCAGUCUCGAGAAGACAUCAAUUACACGGUCGUUGCGCCUCGAAGGAAAAACCCAUCUCAUUUGGCGAGCAACAGCCAAAAGAGAAAAUUUCAAGAGAACGUUGCUCAUGAGGCAGCCGCUAAGUCGAUCAAAUUGCCAAAACUGGAAACAAAGUUAGGUCCAAUGGAACGUGACGAUGUAUCGAACAACGAUUGCAGGUGCACAGACGGUUCGAUAAGGUUCAAGUCGGGAAACGAAGAUGUGGAGUGGCUCAAUGACGAGAUGGACUCUAAAGGGGAAAACAGUACGGUAUAUACAACGGAAACGGAGAGAGAUCGCAUCGACGAGGAUUGCACGAGGUACGAGGACAUGGAUAUUAAGAAUUGCCUGAAAAUCGUGUGCGAUUUAUGUGGCGCUCGUUACCUGUCUCAGUUGAAGUACGAGUUUCACAUGGAGAGGCAUAAAUUGAACAAAAUGGACAAAUACGUGUGCACGAUAUGCGACAAGGAAGCCAGCAGUGAGAAUUUACUGUGGGACCACUAUUUCCACAUGCACAAAAGCUCGGUGCGCUACGCCUGCCUGCAAUGCGGCAAGUUGUUCGCGAAGAAGCCAAGAUUGAACGGGCAUCAGAAGAGGCACAAGCACUCCGGUAUAAAAGAGAUACACUUUGAAACGGGCACGGAUGACCCGAACAUCAGUCAGGCGCGGCAGACUAUCGCGAUUGAGAUGCAAGAGCGGGUUACCGUAAAUUGCAGCCUUUGUGGAAAAUUGAUAACGGAUUUGGAUCCCGGUGCCAUCAACGAUCUAGCGACGUGCGCCGCGUGCGAGGAUUCCACGCUGUCGCUGAUGGUCGACGGGAACGAGACCAAGGUGAUAUCGCCGCGGCAAUACACCUUGAUCCUACCGGUCGUGGGCGAGUCGUUCGUGGAAAUGGCCAGGGAAAAGCGUAGCCAGGAUCAGGACGAGGUCUUACACGCGAGGACGGUGCUCGUCGAUAUCGAGGGUACCACUACUAGCAUCAGCUUCGUCAAGGAAACCCUCUUCCCCUAUGUGCGCCAACAUUUAAAAAAUUACAUCGAGACGAAAUGGGAGGAUGAAGAGUUCAAACAGGACUAUGAAAUGUUGAAGGAGCAGGCAAAAAAAGACGAAGAAGAAAAACUAGAUGGCUUUGUAGCGAUCGCCGGCGAUAAACCUGAAGAAGAAAAAGAUUCACUUUUGAAAAAUGUUUUCUGGCAAAUGGAUAACGAUCGUAAGACCGGUGCGCUGAAGCAGCUGCAAGGACAUAUGUGGCGCGAAGCGUAUAAAACAGGCGCGGUUAAAGCUCAUGUUUACGAAGAUGUUCCUAAAGCGCUCGAGUCAUGGACGAACGAUGGGAAAAAAAUAUAUGUUUAUUCGAGCGGCAGUGUCGAGGCACAGGAGCUCCUCUUCGAACAUUCUGUACACGGCAAUUUGCUUAAGUAUUUCAGUGGUUUCUUUGAUACAAAAGUAGGUGCCAAACAAGAGAGCGAUAGUUAUAAAAAUAUACUGAGCAACAUCGGUGAAAAACCAUCCAAUGUUGUUUUCCUUACCGAUAUCGUAAGAGAAGCCGCAGCUGCCAAGGAAGCAGGUUUAUCAACGGUCAUCGUUGUACGUGACGGUAACGCUGCCCUAACUGACAAGGAAAAGAUUACGUAUACGACUAUCAAAUCCUUCCUAGAUUUGACAUUUCAAACGACCGCAAAGCGGCAAAAGGUAGAAACAGAUGAAAAGAGCGACGAGUGCACGACUAACGUGUGCGAGCCAAUGGACACUUCCGAGGACGUGGAUAUGCCUGAUAGAGAUAUCGUUGAUCAGUCGAAUCAAAGAGUCGAAAAGAACGAGGCGAAAGAAACGGCGGCUGAAUCCUCCGAAAGAAAGGAGUGCGCGGAUGGUCAACCGUCGAAAGACGGUGCCUCGUGUUCCUUGGCACAAGCGGAGGAGCCAAUGACGGUUGAGAAGGAUUCCUCCAAGGUCGAACAGGAGACUUCGGCUUCGGAAGCGACGGAGCCCAAGGCCAAGGAAACGAGCGAGAAUCCAAACGCGUCUGAGAGCGAGGAACAAACUGCAAAGAAUGACAACGCGACGAAAGACAGCACUAAGAUCGCCGUGUCAGAAAAGACUGAAGAAAAUUCCGACGCGAUCGCUCCCACUGCCGAUGAUUCAAUAAACAUGUCCGUGCCAGAGUCCGCGUCAGCGUCCGAAAACGCUGCCACGUCUUCCGAGAAAGAGACCGAAGGCUCUACAGACCUCGUGAAAGAUACGCAAUCUGAUAAAGUCGCCGAUACAGUCGAGACGACCGCAACUGACAAGAAGGCGAACGAUCAUGGAUCGGAAGCUUGUGAGAAAAGCAAGGUGGACAAGACUGAAGAGUCCUUGAAAAUGGAGAAAGAUGAGGCGAAGGAAGAAUCGAAGGCCGAAAGCGAGAACGUUUCAGCGAAGAGCGAACCGGAAGAGGCAGCAGCGAAACCGCAGACGAGCGCAGCGGAAAAUCUCACGGAAAAUGGGGAGACAGUGGAGACGGCUGGAGGAGAGAAGAGCCCAGCAAAGCCAACUGUAGCGGAAGUGGAAGCGGCAGCUAAUACAACAGUAAACGUAAAGGAAGACGCAACGCCACCGAGUAAAGUAUCCACGGAGAAGAGUUUGGACGUAAACGAACAAGCUGAAAAGACUGACGAGAAGACAGCCGAGGAAACGAAGGCGGGCGAGACGAAUAAACCGGCUGACGUUGAGGAACGCGAUAACGAAGCUGCACAGCAGGAGACGGCAAAGGAGAAGGCAACGGUGAAAGAAGGAACUGUGGUGGACACAAAGGACAAAAAUGCAGUGGAUUCGGAAAAGCAAAAACUCAACGGAACCACGCAAAACGGGGAUGCGGAUGUGCCAGUGUUGGAUGACAAGUUGCAUAGUAACGGACUGAACGAAGGGUCGUCGAAAGAGACGACGGGCGAAGACGAGACGGCAGCGCAAAACGGUGAGCCUGAGAGUUCGUCUGAGAGUAGUGCAGAGUCCAUAAAAGUUAAGAAGGUCGUCGAUUCCACCGUGGCCGACGGUGCUGGAGAACCCGAUGUUGUUCCUCCUGUAGUUGUAGCGGCAACGUCUUAACUUUGUUCUUAUACAGUUUAAGGAGCCCUUCAAACACAUAACCCCAAUCCACAACGUACUUAUUCAGAAUAUAAACUGACAUAAAUUGAUUCCAUAUACUUUACGUAAAUCGUACUACAUCAAAGACGUAACCGCGCUACUUUAAGAUGCAAUUCGUAAAACUGUCGUUAGUUUCGGCGACUAUAACGAGAGAAAAAAAAUAUAGCAGCAUCAUACGAAAAAAAAAAACGCAACGUACUUCAGAUUCGAUUGCCCUUUAGAUAUUUACGAUAGUUGUACAUUUUACUUUCCUCGAUGAUGAUCGACUUGUGUUUGUGCGGUGCCAAUGUCGUUGAUACUUUAUAUUAACUCGCGUGCGUAUGCGUGUACAGAGUACGGCCGAGAUGGUGAUAGUCGCAAGUGAGGUAAUUUCUUGCAUAAAUGUAAAUGUUGAAAACAUGGAAUAAGAUCGUUUCAAAUAUCUCGUGCGAAAAGGAUCUUUUUCUACAGUCUUGAUUUACUUUUUUUUCAAGGAAUCACUUUUUUUCGCGAUUACACCAUACAUGCAUACGCACGCACGCACGCAUGACGACUGAUGUUUUCCUACAUCAUGUAGCGAUUAGCUUCUACCGUUGAUUCUUUUACGUUUCCCCAGUAACGAUUCAUCUUCAUCGCGACAAUUUUUAGGAGAAAAGGCAAUGACUUGUUACGAUUGAAAUCGCAAAACUUCGGUAAUUUCGCGCGUGAUCGGUGCAAAAGUAAUCGAACGUGUCAUCCGCUGUAAUCGAUUUCUUUGUUUUGUUUCGUUUUUUUGCCUUUUUUAACAAUUUUUCUCCCUAUUACUCUUUAUACGACGCGUAUAUUGAUAUCUUUUUUAUAAUAAUGAAACGGAGAAUACUUAUACGCGAAAACUGAUAGAAUAAGUAAUUCCAGUAUAAUUGCAGUAUGUUGAAACAUCAAUUGUGUCUGUGCCAAAUGUGAAUUCGGAGCGAGUCUCGUUUAUUUCUCUUUGAUUCUUUUUUUUCUCUCUAGAUAAUUUGCUGCAUAUUCAGGAGGUUUGAUCGGUGAUUUUAUUUCUGUAACCAUGGAACUGAUCAAUUGACCAAGACUGACAUGGUAAUGCCUUGAAUAGCUGUUAGCUUCUUUCGAUUCAUCAAUUUUCGUCGCAUGCAGCAUAUUCAACUAAAGUCUGAUAAACUAAAGUCUGAUAAACAUUCGCAUUUCUCACAUUCGAGUCAUUGUAGUAAGAUAUUUCGCACAGUAAAAACUUGAGUUGCGAUAGUUUUGCUCGUUGCGUUUAAAGCGAUUGAACAUCUUUUAGCAUUGUGGCUUUUUGCAUCGAUACGCUUUCUGCCAUCAUUUUGUUUUACCAACAUGGUUCGUGUAAUGCAUUAUUUCUUUUGUUAAGGAAGGAAAAUGAAACUUCGGGAUACUUUGAUAUCUUAAUAUUUCGCGAACUGCUCAACCUGAGAGGCGACCGGAUCGAGAUUACUCAAAAUAAAUUAGCUCAGUGAUAACAAUUUGUGAUAUAAUUCGUAAAGCGUAAUCAUUUAACUGAAGCGAAAUCGGUCAAAGAGAGGCGAGGAAAAUAGCACUUGAUCCAAUAAAAGAUAAACUUAUUUCGAGUCUGUUUUCAUGUCAUGAAUAAUGUUGAUGUAACAUUUUCUUUCUUCGUCACUUUAAACAAUUUUUCUUAAUAAACUGCCCACGUUGAUUAAUCAAGAAGUGAUGCUAAGAUGCACUUUAACUGAAAGUAAAAAUUACGUUUUUUUGCGAUGGUUGACCUUUACGGAAGUAUGUUGCAAAAUGUUGACAGAGUUCACGCAUAAUCGUGCAACUAAUCGAAUUCACUCUCCCCCAUGCGUUGAACCACGAUGUGAUUUGGAAAGACCCGCGGAAGAGCAUAUCGAUUCGUAGAUUUACUCGGUCAUUCCUAUAAAUUAACAUUGAGUUGCAAAGUGUACGCGUGUAAUGUUUACAUUCUAACUUGGCGCGUAUAUAGUCCAAGACGGGAGGGAGAGAGAUGGCAAUUAUUAGUAAUGCAAACAUUGCACGCCUAAGCUAUUGCUCAUAUUUGCGCGAUGCUCAACACGGCAUUUUAAGCCACGCGUAUAAAAACUGUCCUAGAGGAUAAUAAUAAUAAUAACAAUAAUAGCGGUUAAAGUGAAAUCGCGUCUUUAGCAAGAAAUUCAAUUAUUGUUAUUUCUGUACUGCUACUCAUGUCCAUUCCUAUUAAAUUGACUGUGAUUUACGAAUACUAAUAAGAAUAGGUUUCUCGACACGAUUCAUUGUUAUCGAUUCGCGAAAGCGAUCGUCAUCAUCGGGUGAUAUGAUUCCGUUACUAUUAUUUUUUAUUCGAAUUAGCGUCUAGUCGAGGUCACUGGCGGAGACUUCUAUAGAUCGAUAGACGAUUUCGCGUCGUUCGUUUAUAUUAUUAUACAUUCACAUCCACUGUGCGACGAAAACUGAAACAAGACUAGAGCGACUAGCGUCUCCACGCGAGGAUGCGAGGAUAGGGAGUGAACAAAGCGGAGCGAACGCAAAAACCGGAUAUUAGCACAUUUUGAUAUUUCACGAUACAUACUUUUCUGACAAAGCUCGCACAUAUUUUAUUUAUAAUAAGUCGUCUUCUCGCACAGCCGUGUGAACGGUUCGAUACUUGCGGUGAUCAUCCUCGCUAUUAUAUGUCGUUCGUCUCCGAGUAGUCGGGACAAAGAAUGAAAAUGUUGCACUAUGCGGCAUUCGUCAUCAAUGCCAGAUUCACUGAGGUAUCACUAGUCUAAGAUCAAUGAUACGUCAAACGAUUUUUACGCACAAUCGAGACGACAUCCUUACUCUCGCUGCUUCUAACAACUCUAUCGAAUGUACGAGUAUGUACACGUUACUCGCGUAACGUACGUUUCAACAGUAAAAGGGCAAGAAUCGACGACACAGCGUGUAAAAUUCGAUGGCUAGAGGCACGAGCUCCGUCUCUAUCGUGAUGAUCGAUCAACUGAUAUAUAAUUGUCAAUUGACACACCACGCGGAAAGCCGAAAGACUGCCAUCGCGUUACGACACGAGUCAGUCGUUUCGAGGGUGGGAUGACGAUGUGCUCGAGAUCCUCCUUGGCUGACUUUCACGACAUCGCCUGAAAUCAUCAUCCCCAUAUCAUUCAUACUACUGUUUUGCGUCGAUAGUCGGGCAGGGUCAGAGCGCACAUCUUGAUCACACGCUCGGUCACCGGUAAUCAUGUACGAUUCUCGAUCAUGAUUCCCGCGUGUGCUUCACGUAAUCAUUUAAUAUUUUCAAUGCCGUGGCACUCGUGCCGAUGACUAGCGUCUCGUUGACGUACGUAUAUAAAGUGAAACUACUUAGAAAUUUAUUGUGUGUAUACUGCCAAUGUGAACGAAAAGAAUAUAAUGACUAUAAUUGCAACGAGAGAGGGUGAGAGUGAGUGUAUGUACGUGUGUGUCUGUGUGAGUGGGAGAGUCUACUUGUAUGUUUACUUGUAUUUUAUCUACAAUCUUGUAUCCUGCAGGAUAUGUUUGUUUUUAAUCGGACUUGUACGAAAAUCAAGCGAGAGCUUACCCGGCGUUAAACGUGUUGAUACUUGAUGACAUUCGAUGAGAGAAUUGCCGUGCUCGGAAGAGCACGAGGAACGUGUUAUGGUUCUCAAGUUGCGUGCGAUGAUGUAUCAUGAUGUUUCGUUCGAGGAUUCAUUCGAUUCAAGGAUUGCCGCUAUCGCGUUCGGGCUUGUGUGUGUGUGGCCCGAAUUUUUACAUUUUUAUAAUCUUUUAAAUAAAUGAGUAACAUUUUGAGACAGAUAUGAUCUCUUUUAAAAAAUUAGUAGUUUUACAGUCUUCAUAUUUCUAACGUGAAAAUCCCGAAAAAUAAAGCUCUGUUCAAAUUAAACCCUUUUGCGCGCGCGUGCGCAUGUCUAAGCACAUACAAGACUGAAAUUAUAUCUUAAAUGGACAUAAUAUUAAAUUGUAUGUUAUUACGUGUAAUUGCACAUCAUUUUUACAUCGUCACAUCGUCGAUUGUAUAGUUUUCUUUUUAAUUAUAAAUUCUCUUUACAAAAAUUAGAAUACGCGUCACAAAGACUCGAACGCGAUAGAUAGAAUUCUAACUCGCGUACGAAAUUCAAAGUGAGCGAAACUUGACUGCCUCGUUACUUGUACUUGUACCACGAUAAAACAAUGGCCUCGAUUAAAAUUCAUAUCUUUGUAUCAACAUUAGGAUUCGAGUCAAGUCAAGUUUGUUCUAUCCAAAACAGGCGCGAUAAUGUAAUGCGAUAGAUUUAUCGGUUGCGAUUCUCGUGAAGUCAAAAAGAUGGAUUCUGAAGUGCACUUUUGCGAUCUAAAUCCAACAAGAGAUCGUCAGCAAUCCACAGGGAAUGACCUUUUCGAAGCGUUAAGUUUACGAGCGAGACUUGAAAAUCGAACGGAAACAAACGUAUUAUUGGUAAUGAAUAUGAAUAAUUCAUUAGCGAUAUUAUUUCAUAUGAAUUUGUAAUUCAUUGGCUGCAUUAUCUAAUAAACCAAUGUAAUAGUAGGAGAGACGUAAGGACUUUAUCGGUACUUUCUAAUCAUAAUUCUUAAGGACGGAUGUCUGCGAGAAGAGUGGAGAUCAGAAAUCACUACACACACACGUGUUAUUUUAAGAUAACAUCUUUCAUUACUUUUCGUUUGAGAAAUACUCAUUUUUCAAUAUUUUUAUCAAGAAAAAGCCAUAUAUAACGAAGAAAUUUAAAUGACAAUGCCGUGAGCUAUCCUAAAAGUAUGAAAAGAUUCCAAGUAUGCCUAAUACAGGAACAGAAAAGAUAUGCGCGCGAAUAUAAUUUUGAAAAGACGAGAUAUCUGUGAGAGAUUAGAAGCAAUAUUUAUCACGAGUAAACGUGGUGUUUAACACGAGUCAAACGCCAAUAGCCGAUUAUGUCUUUUCAAUUUUUUGACUCGUCCAUUCAGCUGUUGUCCCUCGUUAGUUUAUGUGUAACGCUAGAUUAACUCGAUAGACGUAACUUAUCACGCGAUUUUUUCAUAGAGUAAUUAUUGUAGCAAUCAACUUUUUUACAAAUUACAUUAACAUUAAUCUCUGUGCUUUUAGUCCAUCUCGUUUUUGACAAUUGAUAGAUACAUUUCGUAAAAUUCGAUCAAUUUCAUUGAAUUUUGAUGAUGUAAGAAACAAUAAGCCCCAAGGGCAAUUUAUCGCGCAUGUAUGUACGAUAUUGUCGAUGUAUGUGUUUUUAAUUAGUCCAAUUAUAUUUUUUAAUAAUAGUUGCUUUUUUCGAUUAUUGUCGUUUAAAGUUAUUGACAAUUUAGUUAGCUAGAAACACUUGUUUUCGAUUUAAAGUGUAAAUUUUCUUCUCUCAGACUGCUUGUUUCGAAUUUUUCUGAGUUUUGCGAUGUAAGAACUGUAAGAACAGGCUGUAUUGGAUUUUAUGUAUUUGGUACUGGAAAUAUACACAGUUUCAAAGUGUCAGGC